CUGGACCUUAGAUCCCAGAUUUGAGGCCCCCAUCCCACUCGCUGUUUCUGUCCUUUGGGCCUGCUCCUCUCUCUGCCUCCUACCCUGGGUUCUGGUUCUGCUCCAUCUCUGCCCUCAUCUGCCACUCCCCUGUAGCUCCUGGCUGGGCACACACCCCUUCCCAUCUUCUGCAGUCCUUGGGGGAGCCGGAUGCAGACUUCCAGGCCAGGGGUGUAUGGAGAUGACAGCUGGGGGCUCAGAGUGGUCCCUCUUGCCCCAUAGCUCUUCAGCCCUUCAGUUCUGACCUAGCUUCUUGGCUGGGGUCCUGGGGGGUGGGGGUGGGAGGCUCUGCUACUCACUUCAACCUGGCCCUCAUGCCUGCCUGGCCAGGAGAGGGAGGUGCCCGCCUCCUCUCUCCCCUAUCCCUGGCCCGCCAUCUUGAGACCUGUGGCACCCAGUGCCCCACCCGGCCCCAGCACCCAGGGGAGUGGUCUCCAAGGUGAUGCACCCAGGGCCAGUUGCAUUCCUUUCUCCCCACCAAGCCCAGGAUGCUCAUGUUCGUGCUGAACCAGCAGGACAUGUGUCCCCAGGGGCUCGCCAUCCGCCACAAAGGCUCUUAAAACCCAUGAACUCCCUAAGAGCUGAGCUCAUGCCCUCCCUGUUCCCUGGGUCACCCUUGUUGCCUCAGGACCAGUACCUGGGACCCUCUUCUUUCCCCAUCUGAAAAAAUCCCCUGGCCUUCCCAGGUCCUGGAGCCCCCUCAACCUCCAGGGCACCCCCAUCCCAGCCCCCACCCCCUAGCCUUCAUCAGCAUGCAGGCUCAGGCUGCCCAAACACAAGGGGAUUGUUCUUCUUGCAUGCUCAGGGUGGGGGGCUGGGAGCAGGCAGCCCACACACCCUGGCAGGCCCAGGCCACGAGGAGGCUGGCUUGCCCCACCCUGUGUCCCCAGACAGGCUGUCCACCCUCCCUACUCCCAUCACUGCUGCCCCUCCAGCCUCCAUCACCAUUGCCCAGUGGCGCUGACAUCUUGAGGAAAGAGCUCUGAGCUGCACAGGUAGACCCCUGGGUUCUCCAGCUCUGCCAGUUGCCUCCCAUGUAGCCUUAGAAAUAUUUCCCUUCCUCUCUGGGCCUCAGGCCCCUCUUGUGAUUGGUGAAGCCUUUCCAGCUGUGACAGGCUGAGCCCAACUCGACUCUGUGAAACGUACUCCACCCCCCAGCUCUUAUUCCAGUCCCCCUCUUGUGUGAGGAGACCCAUUCUGCUCCCACCCUCUGAAAACCUAAAGCACAGCCCAAAUCCCUCACCCCAGCAGCAUACCUAGGGAGCUCCUAGUCCUGGUAAAAUGGCAGGAGUAGGGCUGGGGAUGCUGAGAAAGGAACCAGGCAUCCUGUCCAGGUAGGUCCUACCUCUGCCCAUGUGACUGGCCCCUCACAUCUGGAUCUUCUCACUCUACUCUCAUUACUCCUCUGGGACCCUCAGCCCCAUCUUUGGUUCCAAAUGUCCCCAGGCCCCAUGAACCUUAACUCUUCUCCUUGCACACUGACCCUGGUCCUGUCUCAAAUUUCCUCUUUCUGGAGCUCUGUGUAUAGUGGAAAGACAGGCUCAGAAAUGCCCAACGGGGACUUCUUUGAGUUGCAGCAACAUCUUUGAGGGGCACAGAGGCCUGAGUGAUCACAUCUGACUUGGAAGCCUGGGGAGGGCUUCACAGAGGAGGUGACAUUUGAGAAGGAUUUUGACAGAGAGUGGAGAGGAUGGGUGUUUUGAACUGAGGUAAGCCUGGAUAAAGGCCUGAAGGGCUGGAGGUGCUACAUGUGUUCUGCAGCCUGCCAUAUGUGAAGGAUGGGGUGGAGAUGAGACGAGAGACGGGGGCUGAAUCACGAAGGUCCUUGAUGGUCUGUCCAUGGAGCUCAGGCUUUAUUCUUUGGGCACUGGGGAGCCAUGGGUGGCUGUUGAGCAGCAGAGUAAGUAUACAGUUUUCAGCACGAAGAAUGGAAGCUAGAGGUUUUUCUCAGUGUAGGUGAGAGAGUGAGGGGAUGGGUACCAUGAGGAGGCUGUGUCCUUUCUCCUGGAGCCAAGCCUGGGCCCGGACUUGACUUGGUUUCCCUUGGUUCUGAAGAUCCCUGGGGGCUGCCUAAUGAUGCUGUACGGAAGCUGUAGCAUUUCUGGCACCUGCCAACUUGUCAGAGCUGCCUUUCCCUUCCUGGCACUUUGUCUAUGUGGCAGAUCUGAAUCAAGAAGCCAGAGGCUGGAGCUUGUGGACCCCAGGAUGCUCACCUGAGGCUCCCCACUCCCCUCCUCCUCUCUCAACUGCAGAUGAUUGGCCAUCCCCAGAGGCUGGGAGGCCAAGAGGCUGGGCACAUGUGUCCAAGGACGCUGGGGCAAUUCUUAUGAAGGCCUGGCUAGUUAGGAGGGUGAGCAUCUCCGAAGAAAGGAUUGGGCAGGAGUGUUAGGAGCCCUCGAUGCAGACCUGCUCAGGCCCAGGGUCCACCCUCACCACACCCUGCCUCCCCGGAUGCUCCGAGCCAUUCCCCAGCAUCGCUGGGUGUGGCUAGCAUGGCUGCUUUGGGAGUGGGAAUAGGAGAAGGAGGCUGCUAGGUGGAGAGCUGGGGGUGCUGAGGGGAUGUGGGGGGAUGUGAGAGGGAGAGUGAAGCCCAGGUGGGUCCACAGGCCCUAGCUGGUCCAGACAUUCUGGCCAGCAGAGCAGAGGGAAUCCCCCAAGGGGCGGUCCAGUCUACUUGAAUCGCCUGGCCCCAGGAGCCCUCCCCUCCCCCGGAUUGUUCUUGUUCCAGAACAAAGGCAGGGUGGACACUUGAUCCCUGCAUGUGGGGGGAGCUGGCUAAGCCCCCAGCCCUUUGAUUGGGCAGCUGUCAUGGGAGAGAGACAGCUGGGGGGGAGGGGCAGGAAGGGGGCAGCCGCCAUCGCUUACACAGCUGUCACCGCCCGCCCCCCCGCCACCUCCUCCAGCCUGAGUGGCAGAAAGCCAGGGACAGAAGUGGGCACUGGGGCUGGGGAGGGGGCCUGGGAGUCAGGAGGGAAUGCCCGAGGUCAGAGGCCUGGUGUGAGCUUGGUGUGUCCUGCCAGGGAGCCAUGCUGACCAGAGGGGGCUGGGCAUCCUCGGAGGUGAGCUGGAGGUCACUGUGGCAUGUUGUGUGGCUGCCACGUGGGUGGCCCAGUAAAGACCCAGGGCCCACCAGGCUGGAGCAACAAAUAACUCCCUAGAUCCCCGGUGAGGGCAGGGGGAGCCAGUGAUGCCUAAUGGGGCUGCUUGUUCCUUGGGCCCUAGGAGAAUAAUUUGGAAGACAUGGGUUAGAACCCCUUGUUCUUGCCUAAAGAUGGGAAAGACCUUGAGAGUCUCUCAGAAUAGGAAGGGCGCAGAUAGACCAGCAACUCUCUCCCUACCCCCAGCCCCUAAACACAAUGCAGGUGGGUAAACCAAGGUCUAGGUCAGGUGAGGACCUGGGCAAAGUUACCCACUGGACUUGGCGCGGUGGGUCUCUGCUGGAGACCCAGGCAUCUUUUCAUGGCAAAAGCUGUAGUUCUGGCCAUGUUCCAGCCCUCCUGCCCCAUUUUUCAUGAAGCCACGAGAGGUCAUGUGGAGAUGGUUUGGGGACAAUGUCAGGUCUCCCACUGGUUACCAUCCCAAGGGGGUCCUUGAACCCCAGAAAAUUUUGGAACUUAAGACUGAGGCCCUGGACAAGUUGUCAGUCCUUUCCAAAUAGGAUCCCUGUCUACUAGCCAGGCAAAGGUCUCAGAGACAACUGAAGCCCAAUCCCCGCUUUGGAAGGAGCCUGCCCUCCAGGAAGAGGACUAACAGAUCCAGACAGGAGCAGCCUGAAAGGGGAGGCAGGUGGGGCUUUGGAUAACCUCACACUAGCAAUGCUAGUCCCACCGCGUCCCACCUCUCUGUGACCUUGGGCAGGUUACUGAUCCUCUCCAGGCAUCAGAUUCUCCUUCUGUGCAGUGAAUUCAUCUGCUCAGCUAACCAGUAUGUUAGCUGAGUUCCAGCUGAGCUCAGUAUGUUCUGAGCACCUUCUCUGGCCUGGCUCUGAACUGAGCCCUGGGGACAUAAGGAGAAGGCAGCAGCCUUGGCUCCUGCUCCAAGGGGCUCCUGGGCUUGGCUGUCCAGAGAGGCAGAAACCAAGCACGUCAUCACAAGUGCUUUGAUGGGGGAAGUGCAGGCAGCUGGGGGAAUGUCUAGCAAGGGCAGCCAGCAUGACGCUGGCCAGGAUGCUCGGAGAGCACAGUCCCUGCAUCCACUGCUCAUCUCCACCCUCUGGAGUCCCUAUGGCAGAACUCAAAUAGAAGGAGGAGCAGCUGUGCCCAGGGGAGCAGGGUGUCACCUCCGCUGGAUAGGUGAGGAAACAAAGACCUUAUGCCAUACGGUGGCUUGCUGGGGCUUCUAAGAAGGAGCCAGGCUGGGAGCCCCCUUCACCUUCCGUGCUCAAGCUCUGUCUAGCAAGGGGAGUUCAGAAGAGGGUGCUGGACAGAACUCCAUGCCCUUUCCUGUCAUGUCGGGAUGGGGCCAGGGGGCUGAGGAGGAAGGCGCCCAGAGACUUCUGGAGUGUUCCAAGCCCAGCACACUCAUCCUUCACCCCACACCCUUCUGGUCAUGAGGAAUUUGCAGUGUUAGGGCUUGGUCUUGGCCCAGACUUAGCACCAGUUAGUCCCACUCCCUGUGUUCCCCAUAGGGUUCUGGUCCCCCAGUGAGCUCCCCAUCAAGGCUGAGCCUUGGCAGGAGACAGACGCCUAAGGAGAGGGAUUUCCAAGCAGGAUUAAGGUUCAGGAUUAAGUUGGGGCAUGAAAAAGGGUCGGGUGGGGAGGGCCGACUGCUGAGCUAAUCCCAGCAGCUAAUCUCAGGCUCCACCUUUCUCCAUCAGUUAAUGGCCUUGACAUUCCCGCAGCCCACCAAAUCCUUUUCUUACCCAUCACGCAAUCCCAGGGAGAGGUAUUCCCUCCACUUCAUGAGUGAGGAAAUUGAGACUCAGAGCCCAGGUGACUUGUUUCUGGUACAGUAGAAAGUGUUCCAGGCUGGGAAUGUGGCCAGCCUGGACACUUCUUACCUCCUGUUCCCAAGGCCAUUUCCAGCACACAGGAGAGAGAUUGGAAACCAACGUGCAGAACUGGCAGUCCCCUGACAUGCUGUGCCCCACCCACUGCAGCCCAGUGCUGAAUGAACCCUGCCCAGAGGUGUCUGUAAUGAGCCUCUGCCCUAGUGACUUCUGAGCCGGCCAGGUUGCAGCGUGGACACAUUUGCAGGUCGCUGUGGCCCCAGCCUCGCCUGACAGAAUGAGCGGCUCGGAUGGGGGACUGGAGGAGGAGCCAGAGCUCAGCAUCACCCUCACGCUGCGGAUGCUGAUGCAUGGGAAGGAAGUGGGCAGCAUCAUCGGGAAGAAGGGCGAGACUGUAAAGCGAAUCCGGGAGCAGAGCAGUGCCCGGAUCACCAUCUCCGAGGGCUCCUGCCCCGAACGCAUCACCACCAUCACCGGGUCUACAGCGGCUGUCUUCCAUGCAGUCUCCAUGAUUGCUUUCAAACUGGAUGAGGACCUUUGUGCUGCUCCUGCAAAUGGUGGAAAUGUCUCCAGGCCUCCAGUGACCCUGCGCCUUGUCAUCCCUGCCAGUCAGUGUGGCUCACUGAUUGGGAAGGCUGGCACCAAGAUCAAGGAGAUCCGAGAGACUACAGGUGCCCAGGUACAGGUGGCAGGGGACCUGCUCCCCAACUCCACAGAGCGAGCUGUUACGGUGUCUGGGGUGCCUGAUGCCAUCAUCCUGUGUGUGCGCCAGAUCUGCGCUGUUAUCCUGGAGUCCCCACCCAAAGGAGCCACUAUCCCCUACCAUCCAAGCCUCUCCCUAGGUACUGUCCUUCUCUCUGCCAACCAGGGCUUCUCUGUCCAGGGUCAGUAUGGGGCUGUUACCCCAGCUGAGGUCACCAAGCUCCAGCAGCUCUCAAGCCAUGCGGUCCCCUUUGCCACACCCAGCGUGGUGCCAGGACUGGAUCCCGGCACACAGACCAGCUCACAGGAGUUCUUGGUUCCCAACGACCUGAUUGGCUGUGUGAUCGGGCGCCAGGGCAGCAAGAUCAGCGAGAUCCGGCAGAUGUCAGGGGCACAUAUCAAGAUCGGGAACCAAGCAGAGGGCGCUGGGGAGCGGCAUGUCACCAUCACUGGCUCUCCGGUCUCCAUCGCCCUGGCCCAGUACCUCAUCACUGCCUGUCUAGAGACGGCCAAGUCUACCUCUGGGGGGACGCCCGGCUCGGCCCCCGCAGACCUGCCUGCCCCCUUCUCGCCACCCCUGACGGCCCUGCCCACAGCUCCCCCAGGCCUGCUGGGCACACCCUAUGCCAUCUCCCUCUCCAACUUCAUCGGCCUCAAGCCUGUGCCCUUCUUGGCUCUACCACCUGCUUCCCCAGGGCCGCCGCCGGGCUUGGCGGCCUACACUGCCAAGAUGGCAGCGGCUAAUGGGAGCAAGAAGGCUGAGCGGCAGAAAUUCUCCCCCUACUGAGGCCAGAUGAGGUACAGGCAGGGGCAGGCAGGACCACCAGCAGGGGGCUGCCUCCGCACCCUGCCCGCCCAAGGAGACUCCACCCUGGGGUCCUAAACGCCGCUAACGCCCAGACGCAUGGAUGCACCCCCUACCCUGCCUCCGUCUAUGGGAGUUCCUUCUCUCAGAGUGGGGGCAGUUUCUGGCCCAGGGGUCUGAGCUGCGGCAGCCCCAGGGCAGGGGACGUACCUCUUCAGCUCUGUGCUUGGAUACAGGGAGCAGCCAGGAGACUCCCUAGUGCCCCCACCAUGGGGGGUGUCACUCACACACUCCCCAUCCCUUAGGGCUUCCUAGCCUACUGCAUCCUUUUGGGAGUCAGGGAGGAGGGCCCGGGGGGUAGCUGGGGCCAGGCUUCUCUCCCCACCACCUGCAGAUUUCUUGCUGCUUCCACUGAUACCCUUUUGACUGGAAUGAACUGGCUGGGCUUAUCAGGGGGCACCCUAAAGAGGGGGCACUGCCAGGUAGCUGGGGGAGUGGCAUGGGGCAGGGGCCCAGUUCUCAGCAGCAGACACUCUGUACAGUUUUUUCAAUCCCUGUUUUUGAAUAAAUAUUCUCAGCGACCAG